CAAGGACUUUUCUGGACCAGGCAAAACUCAGAUUCCGCUCAACAAUUGAAUCCGACCAUAACUGCAUACCAAUUUACUAAUGACAAUGAUGGAUUUACACCGAUCGACGUAUUUAUUGGAAUAGUGAGGGAAUGCGAGCACCAGUAGAUUUGGGUUGUAAUUGUCCUACACAUAGCGAUAUAAAUUCGAUUUGAGCCGACUGUUCGUCUAGCCAUUUCAUUAUGUCAGGCAUAUCAAUCUUGGCAUGUGUGAUGAUAUAUAUUCUUUCUUAUGGAUAUUAUGUGGUAGCAAGUGUCGAGUCUGCGAGGGAUGAGUGGAAUUUUGAGUCUGUAAAUCUGAAUGUGGACCUCUCUCGAGUACUCAAGAAAGUGAAUGGACGUUUUUUGUCUGUUGCCAUAGACGCGAGUCUAGUCGCUGAAGAGAAGUUCAUGUACCUUUUAACGUCUCCAAAGCUGAGGACAUUGGCAAAAGCUUUGACCCCAGCAUUUCUGAGAUUUGGAGGGACAAGACAAGAUUUCAUGACCUUCAACCCAACAUUUUUACAUUCAAACGAGAAUCACAAAAACUCUGUGUUUGAUGCAGAUGACAUAUGUGAAAGGCUGGAGCUGCCUCCACUACUGGAAAAGAGGCUGAAGCAGGAAUGGACUCUACAGGAAAUACUUCUCGACAAGGAGGACUUGCAGAGGAAGUAUAGGAGUGUAAAGUUCACAGAGUGUGCAGUGGAUCUGCUCUACUCUUUUACAAACUGCUCUGGAUUAGACCUCAUCUUUGGGCUCAACGAGCUGCUCAGGACCUCUGGGAACUCCUGGGACAGCAGCAAUGCCAGGACCCUCCUACAGUACUGUGAAUCUAAACAGUACAGCAUGUCCUGGGAGCUGGGCAAUGAGCCCAACAGCUAUGAGAAGAAGGCAGGGAUCAGGGUGGAUGGAUAUCAGCUCGGCCAAGAUUUUGUUCAACUCCGCAAGAUUCUGCAGGAAUCCAAACUUUACCAUAACACUGGACUCUAUGGACCAGACAUUAGCCAGCCCCGGGACCACCGGAGAGACUUACUGGAGGGGUUCUUGGAGAGUGGGGCAGAAGCAAUUGAUGCAUGCACCUGGCACCAUUAUUAUGUCAAUGGAAGAGACACGUCUCUAGAAGAUUUCCUAAACCCUGAGGUGCUAAACACGUUGGCCUUAAAAACACAUGAAGUCAUGGAGACCAUUGAGCUGACCUCCCCUGGGAAGAAGGUGUGGCUUGGAGAGACUAGUUCCGCCUAUGGAGGCGGGGCUAAGGGCCUGUCUGACACAUUUGUUGCUGGAUUCAUGUGGCUGGAUAAACUGGGCCUGGGUGCGAAGCUUGGAUUGGAUGUUCUCAUCAGACAGGUUUUGAUUGGAUCUGGGACUUACCACCUGGUAGAUGAGAACCUGGAUCCACUUCCUGAUUACUGGCUAUCAGUUCUGUACAAGAGGCUUGUUGGACCAGAGGUGCUGAGUAUAGAAGCCUUUUCCAUUUUGGGAAAGACGAAAAGAGUACGGGUCUACCUGCACUGCACUAACAAGAAAAGCACAAGCUACAAAAGUGGAGCAGUCACAUUGUUUGCUCUGAACCUGAGUAAGGGCCCUGCGAGGAUCUCUGUGCCUGUUACAAUCUCUAACAGUACUGCCGAGGCCUUCGUUCUACAGUCUGAACAGCCUGGCGAGGAGGGACUCUACUCCAAGUCUGUGAAACUCAACGGAGAGGUGUUGAAGAUGGUGGAUGACCGAACUCUUCCAUCGCUCCAGGGAACUCCUCUUCCUGCAGGAGAACAUCUCAGACUCCCUGGUUAUUCCUUUGCCUUCUAUGUCCUCAGUGAGGCUCAGGCGCUGGCCUGCCGAUGACCCCAAUUGGAGAGGAGAACUUGAGAAGAUGGAGGUAAACUCACUAUCUAAACUAAGAGAAGGAAAUACUGUACUUGACUAUUGCGCUAAACACAGCUGUAUGACUUUGCCAAAGAAUGUAAACCAAGUGAAUGUGGUGAAAGGAUUCGAUCAUCUUUGGAA